AUGCAACCGAAAAUUGGUAACAGCAUGCCGUCAGCGGCGGCAAGGACUACAACGUCGACGUCAAGAAGGAGCAGCUGGGAUGAAAACGAAGGAUCCGCAUCCGGCCGCGACUCGGUGCUGACUUCGUCGACAGCUUCGCUGCAACCGCCGCAGGAUAGAUUCCGGAGGUCGGGACCUGGACUGUUGAUUUUUCCAGGAACCGCGCAAGGACAUCAGCAUAAUCCAAAUGGCAGCACGGGCAGCAAAACAGUUGCGAAAGCUAAUGACGAGAACGUGUCCAUUAAUCAGCAGGGACCAGCCAGGAGCAUUCGCUCCUUUCGACGACCACCGCUAUGGCAACGUCCGCCAAUGGAUCCUGGGGAAGGGCAGGAAAAGCAGGUCCUGGAUCGGGAAAAUCCAAGGGAAAGCUACAGUGCCUGCCUGGUCAAAGCGCAGGCUUUCAUAAUCGAGUUCCUGCAGGGCUCCUCCAUACACGGCUUCAUUUAUUUGGCCAAGCUCGGCCUGAAUUUUGUCGAACGCAUGCUCUGGUUUGCAUUCAUCUGCGUGGCUUUAUUCAGCAUCAUCUCGCUGAGCAAGCGGACCUGGCAUCGCUUUCAGACCUCGCCGAUGGUCAUAUCCAUGGAUCGGAAUAAGCUGGUCUGGAACACGAGCUUUCCAUCAUUGACAGUGUGUCCUCACAAGCGGAUCGACGAGUUGAAAGUGGAGGAGUAUAUACUUUCCCAUCCCGACCAGUUUUUGUCCGAGGAGGAUCAAGAGGAUUUCCGCGAUUUUAUUGUAAAACUUGCCAGCCUCACUUAUGACAACUUGGAGACGCUUCCGCUGAACAAAUCGUAUGGGAUUCCGGGAGUGCAGUACUUGGACUUGCUCUACGAGCUGAAAUGGCCCUUCGAACCGGAUAUCAGCAGCGGCACCGCCGUCAAAAUGUACAUCUACGAGACGCAAACGGAGUUUGGCAUUUGCCAUUCAGUGAACUCACUGGUGGCCCGCUACAAUACCUUAAACUACUGGCGCUCCGGCGAGUGGAACCUUUUGGACCACGGAGAUCGGGUCACGGUGCAUCCGUUGGAUGGCGAGAUCUACGCGCAGAUUAUAAACCUCUCGACGGCCUACGAUGUUUAUUUCCACGGGGCCGGGGAUGUUCCGAGCAUAUCGAAGCAGAGGUAUACCUUUCCAGAGAGCGACUACACCACAGUUGAAAUCAUGGCACUGGAGAUCUACACAAAUGAGGAGGCAAGAGCCGCCAAACAAAGGAGCUGUCGCUUCAUCUACGAGGCCGAGGACAUGUUGACGGUGCCCAUUUACAGCUUUGGACUCUGCCUGUCCGAAUGCCGAAUGUUCUUCGCUCUGCAGGUCUGCGGCUGCGUUCCGCAUUUCUACCGGAACCUCUGUGGGUAUAAUCAUAUUUUCGGGACACAGAUGCGAAAUGGUCGAAGGCUGCCAGUUUGCGGGCUGGAGGGCAUCGGAUGCCUGGUCAAAAUUAAACGCGAGAUAAUCUCCUUAAAAUCGGACAAAUACAAAAUCAAUUGCAAUUGUUUGGCCAACUGUGAUGAUUCCAACUUCUUUGUGCAGUCCCACCGCUCGCGUGUCUGGUUCCUGGGCGCUAAUCUGCAAUGGGGCAUUGGCGGAGGGGGUUAUCCCAAAAUGCAACUCCGGCGGGACGUCCUCUUCUCCUUCGCAGAUGUUUUGGUUUACAUCGGCGGCCUUGUCGGUUUUUUCUUGGGCUGCAGCGCCUUAAGCUUUACGGAAAUUAUCUAUUACUUCACAGCUCGAUUUGUGCGACGCAUGUUUUUCAAUUGA